CCGUAUUGGGCCACCUGGCCCUACCAGACCCUGCUGCUGCCCCGCCGCCACGUCUGCCGUCUCCAGGACCUCCGCGAGUGCGAGAGGGAUAGCCUGGCCUCCAUCAUGCAGAGGCUGCUCAUCAAAUAUGACAACCUCUUUGAAGUCUCCUUCCCCUACUCCAUGGGAUGGCAUGGAGCCCCCACGGGCCCCUACCUGGAGGAGGACUGUGGGCACUGGCAGCUCCAUGCCCACUACUACCCCCCACUGCUCCGCUCUGCCACCGUCCGCAAGUUCAUGGUGGGCUAUGAGAUGCUGGCUCAGGCACAGCGAGACCUCACCCCCGAGCAGGCGGCUGAGCGCCUGAGGAGCCUCCCUGAGGUGCACUACAAGCAGAGGGACAAGGAGACGUCGUGA